GGCGGCGCGCUCGGCGGCAGUGGUAGGGGUCGCUUCCCGGCGUGCCCCGCGGGCGGGCGCGCAGGCGCGGUCAGGGCGGGCGCAGCGCAGGCGCAGGCGCGGGCGGCGGGGGCGGGGCGCGGAGGCUGAGGUGAGCGCCGGGCGGCGGUGCAGAGCUACUGGAGCGCCCGGCGGCUCCGGGUGGCGGUGGCGGCGCAGACGAAGAAGGCGGCCCCGGCCCCGGCCCGUCCCGCGCCCCCACGGCCCCGCGGCCCCAAGCGCCCCCGGCCCCGGGCCCGUCCGCCGCCGCCAUGGCCCGGCCGCUGGUGCCCAGCUCGCAGAAGGCGCUACUUCUGGAGCUCAAGGGGCUGCAGGAGGAGCCGGUGGAGGGCUUCCGGGUGACCCUGGUGGACGAGGGCGACCUGUACAACUGGGAGGUGGCCAUCUUCGGGCCCCCCAACACCUACUACGAGGGCGGCUACUUCAAGGCGCGCCUCAAGUUCCCCAUUGACUACCCCUACUCUCCGCCGGCCUUUCGCUUCCUGACCAAGAUGUGGCACCCCAACAUCUACGAGACUGGGGACGUGUGCAUCUCCAUCCUCCACCCCCCCGUCGAUGACCCCCAGAGCGGGGAGCUGCCCUCGGAGCGGUGGAACCCCACGCAGAACGUCAGGACCAUCCUCCUGAGCGUCAUCUCCCUUCUCAACGAACCCAACACCUUCUCACCGGCCAACGUGGACGCUUCCGUGAUGUACAGGAAGUGGAAAGAAAGCAAAGGCAAGGACCGCGAAUACACGGACAUUAUCCGGCGCAUGCUCACCCACCGUGUCCGCGCAGCUGUGGGGACCUGUGCCCGUGGGCCGGCCGCGCGACCCCAUGGCGGGAGCUCCAGAAAGCCCACCGGCACUGUCGGGUGGACCCCAGGCGCAGCAGGUGCGGUCAGAGCUCCCGCCGGCUACCAUCAGUUGGAUAAAGCUCCGGACGGAAAGCACGUGCUGGAGACACGGUGCUGGUGACAGGAAGACGCUCAAGUACAGAGAGGAGAGGACCCGGGACCCCUGCCUGGUGGGGAUGUGCCGAGCGUCCCGCCAUGGGUGCCUCCCAGUGGCUGGCCCUUCCCCUGGGGCUGCUGAGCAACCCCGCCCGCCCCACCCGCCACCCUGCACCCUCCACCCUGCCCCUCACCCACUGGCCCAGCCCAGCGCCGUGGCUGCUCCCACCUCAGCGGCCAGGGCCGACCUGCGCUUCUCUUCCUGAUGAGCUGACACCCUCCCUGUGUCUGCACAGCCCUCGUCCUGGCUCAGAGCCCGCGUUCCACCCCCUCCCGCAUGCGUGUGCUCGUGUCUGUGCGCGCGUGUGUGAGCAGAGGCCCGUGCACGCGCGGGGGCCGUGAGCGGUUGGGCCCGUCUGCUCUGCCCCGCCCCCCCGCCCCGGCCAUCCUGUCGCUGGCCCCCGUGGCCCGGCCAUCGCCCCGGUUGUCCUACUCUGUUUCACGGGAGCGAGCGCGGGGGCCCCGGGGCUGCCAGCCGCAAUGAGGCAGACCC